AUGCUGCCCAUCUCUCUUAUACAGAACGAACAAGGUCAAAAAAUGUGCAAACUGCGAAAAAAGCCAUCUUCUCUACACCGAAAGGGCAAAUUUCAACCGGUGGAAGAAAAACGACCCCAUCCACCCCUCACAAGAGCACCGGCUGCCGGCUGUGACUCAAAGAGAAAAGGAAUGCCCAUCCUCUUUCUUGAACACACGGCGAUAGUACUUACGUUGCGGCGUUUCGCCGCAAAAAACUUAUCCGCACGUCACAGCACACAGCGCAGUUUCCCCGUCCCACAUUCACAUCCGGCCGCUUCCCUGCGCCCCAAAAAGGUUAUCGCGGGACGACCGGACGACACCUACCCCUUGGUGUGCGCUAAGCCCGUCCCCUCAGUUGACGACAGAGAUUCUGCACUUUAUUGGCGCGCGUUUGGUAUCUGCAACGACAAAAAACGUGGUGGGGAACCCCCACCGCAAUAUUCAUCAAAAAAAAAAAAAGCUGGCGUUGUACGCGACACAACUUGCUAA